UUUUAUGAAAAGUAUCGUUCCGGAUUCCUCCUCCGCCCCAGACGCACGUGUCUCUUGGUCGAUUCAGUCAAGAGUUCACAAAAAUCUAUUCGUUCACCACUUUUCUAUUUUGGCCGUUUAAUGGUCCACAAUAUUUGGAAGAGGAAUACAUUUUCCUGUUACAAAUUCAACUGAGCUUUCUGUUCAAAGUCUCAAACCAAGUCGUUGUUGUGCCCAAUCCUGGAUCGGUAGAUUUUUGCGUCUGUAUAGAUAUGUCCAAGGUCACGAUGCCACCGCCUCCCGCCAAUUCCAACCCCUUCAAAUUAUCGACUUCUAACGCCUCCCAGUUACCAAAAUUCCAGGAAUUUGCUUCCGAACUCCAGAAAUGCCUCUCUAUCAGACAUGUCAAAGAGUUUCACGCCAGAUUCGUGAAGACCAAUUUCUCAGACGACGUCUUCCUUGUUACCAGACUCGCCCACAGGCAUCUAACUUGCGGGAACCUCGUCUAUGCAAGGAGAAUUUUCGAUAAAAUGAAGAACCCACCAAUUUUUUUGUGGAACGAGAUCAUCAAACAUCAUUCGAGACGCGGGCUGCAUCAAGAGUCGCUUAAUGUCUUCCGAUCCAUGUUGGAAUCUGGAGUUCAUCCUAACGAAUUCACUUUCACCUUUGUUUUGCCGGCUUGUGCGGCCGUGAAGUCCGUUUCGGAUGGAUAUAUGAUUCACAGCCUUGCGAUUCGCCGGAAUCUUGAUUCCAAUUCGUUCGUCGCCACGGCCUUGGUUGAUAUGUAUGCCAAAGCAGGCAAUGUUUCUUGUGCACGAAAGUUGUUCGAUAAAAUGCCUCUGAAAGUUUUGGCCUCAUAUAAUGCCAUGAUAGGUGGUUAUGCCAUAAACGAGCAGUGCGAGAAGGCAAUGGAGAUUUUUGAUGUUAUGUUGAAAGAGGGCGUUGAAAUUGAUGCAGUAACUAUGGUUAGUCUGCUGCAGGCUUGUGCUUAUGUUGGUGCUCUUCAACGUGGAAGAUGGAUUCACCAACAUGGUAUGAGAGCGAAGGUUCCAAUUAAUGUUUAUGUUGCAGCUGCCCUUAUACAUAUGUAUGUACGCUGUGGGAGUAUAGUGGACGCACAAAAGGUUUUCGACGAGAUGUCUGACAGGGAUCUGGUUUGCUGGACUGCAAUAAUUUCUGGGUUUGCUUUGCACGGGCUUCCUGAAAUGGCAGAAUCAAUGUUCGUACGCAUGGUGAGAGAGGGCCUUAAGCCUGAUGGGGUGACCUUUGUAGGCAUGCUGACAGGAUUCAGCCAUGGUGGAAUGGUGGAGAAAGGACGGCAGUACUUCAACUUGAUGUCAGAGAGUUAUGGUUUGCGCCCUGGUCUGGAGCACUACAGUUGCAUGGUGGAUAUGCUUGGUAGAGCAGGAAAAUUGAAAGAAGCAGAAGCGCUUGUAAAAAGCAUGACUGUGAAUCCUGAUGCAGGAGUCUGGGGGGGACUUCUUAAUGCUUGUCGAAUUCAUAAGAAUGUGAAGAUUGCAGAAAGAGUUGUCGACGAGCUUUUAAGAUUGGAACCAGAGAAUGCGGGUUGGUAUGUCUCGAUGUCAAACGUGUAUGCUGCUGCAAAGCAAUGGGAUGGUGUAGUUAGAAUGAGACUGAUGAUGAAGGAGAGGGGAAUCACAAAACCUCCAGGUUGGAGUUCUAUUGAGGUUAGUAAGAGAAUUCACCGUUUCACUGUCUUUGAUCGCUCUCACCCUCAGUCAGAUGCAAUUUAUAGAACACUAAAUGACCUGGAGGAGAGGAUGAGAAAGAUGGGAUACGUUGCAGAGAUGAGUUGCGUGCUUGGGAACUUUGAAGAGGGAGGAUUGAAGGAGGAUUUGCUAUGUGGGCACAGUGAACGAUUGGCAAUAGCAUUUGGGAUUUUGAGUACACCGAGUGGGGAAGUGCUUAGGAUAAUAAAGAACUUGAGGGUAUGUGUAGAUUGCCAUACCGCAACAAAGUACAUCACAAGAAUUGCGGAGAGAGAGAUUAUCGUGCGGGACGCAAAGAGGUUCCACCAUUUCAAGGAUGGGAAAUGUUCGUGUGGCGAUUAUUGGUGAUAAUUUGAGGGCCUCUAAUUGAUUGUUCAUGGAUUUCACAACACGUUCAUGAGCUUGGCAUGAUGCGCAGGUUCAUAACUCAUAAGUUGGUUUCUUCUUGCGUUAGAUGUGGACAUGUCUGCAGAAGAGACGAUCAUGAGCAUUGAAAGAUUGUAGAAGUGGAAGUUGAAGCUACUGCCAUGGGCACGGCAAACAAUAGCGAUUAACAGACGGGAAAGAGGGGGUGAGCACUUCAAGUGGACGUUCAUAUGAAGAUUUUUCCUGUGACCAACUUGGUCAGCAAAAAGCAACCGUUUGGCGAUUCUAAUAAUUCCGCUAUUUUUCCUAAACGAAAAUAUUUCAAUUUCAUUUAAAAUCGCACAUUCGCAGUUCCUUGUACAGUUUUAUUUUUGUUCUGUGUUCAAAACUGGUUGUACGUAGCAUCCAAUCUGCUGCCAAAAAAAAAAAACAGUGAUAGAGAGAUAAAGAGGAGAAUAUGAUGGGAAAGAAAAUUUGCAAACUCUGAGAGCAUAAUCAGGAAAGCUUUUUGAGCCUUCAUGCUGUAAGCCCAAAGAGACCUAAAACACCUAACGUUCACCACUUGAAAUCCACCUUGCUGAUUAAUCCACUCAAAAGGUUGGACAUCAAUUAAGGGGUUGGAACUGCUGUUAAAUUCAGUUGAUCUGGAGGAUCCUGAAGAUCAUAUUUGGUCAGAGUAUCAUUGUCAGGAUCAGCUUUACAACGCCCAGUUGAAUUCGAUCGGUAGCAAAUCAAUUCAAAAGAGCCAUGGAUAAGCUUUUAGCUAUUUUUUAAAAAUAUUCUAUUUUUU